UACAAACAGACGUACAGAUAGUUUUAUAUUGAACUUUAUCUCACCAAAAGUGGCUGAUUGGUGAUGGUGAUCCCAAAAAUAAGUUUUUUAUAGGUUAAAAGAAUACCACUUUGUCUUGAUAUCAUAAGUCUAAAUAAAAUUGACAGUGUCAAUGUCAACUAAGUAACAUACGGAACAUUAUCUUUGUCUAAUAAUUAAGAUUACUAUAAACAAAACCCGUACAGUUGAGUUUUAUAGUAUUGAAAAGUGAACGCGAAUGUGUGAAAGUUAUAACAAUGAUAUUAAAAUGGCUACAAAGGCAAGUAAAUCCAAUACAAAUGGGAUGACAAUAAUAGGAAAUAUCGAUGAUAUGCAAAUUAUAAAAGAAAUCAGUGAUGAAGAUAGUAUUAAUAGACCAAAAAAAUCAUGUUCUUUGAACACUCCUUUAAAUCUUCCCAGUAAUUUAGUUCCGAACACUGGAGCACCUGUUUAUGAAAGCGUCUCGGUUACAAAUUCGGAAAAUGUUCAGUUUGGUAACAAUACAUAUUUUAAUGGUCCAGUAAUCAUAAAACAAAUAGUCCAACCUAAAUCUGGUGUUGAUAAUGUUUCCUAUACUAAAACAGAAGAAACAGAAAAAGAGGAUUCCCAGAAGCCUCCUUGUGCCACAUUUGAUGAAACUUAUAUUAAAAAGAAAGAGAUAUUAUUAUGGCACAAGAUAACAUUCUCCGCAGUAUGUAUUACAGUUGUUGGCUGUGUUGUGGCUCUCGUGCUUGUUUUACAAAACAAAAGUGAUGAUCAAAUUCAUACAAAUGCACAGUCAGAUUAUGACAAAGAAGACAAACAUACUCGUUUGGUGGUGGGAGUUUGUGAUGAAAAUUUUCAACUUGUUAUAAUAUCGGUACUCCUGUUAUCAUUAACAUUUUUGUUAGUUUCUUACUCAUUACUAACACCGAGUGUUAAGAAAAUAAAUAAUGGUGUGGACAUAAACCAUCAUUUGAACUGUGUCAAUAAAAAUUGCAUGUUCUGCAAGAAGACAGCAAAUUCAUUGCUGAUAGCACCAAAUCAUUUGCGGAUAGUGUCCAGAUCGGACUGGUUGUCACAGACUGUUGAAGGCGAGGUGAACAUGCUUCGUCAACCGGUACCAUGGGUCAUUAUAUCUCACACUGCCACCGAAAGCUGCUAUACACAGAGUGAAUGUGUUCUACGUGUAAGAUUGAUACAAAUGUAUCAUGUUGAAGCUCGAAAGUGGUCAGAUAUUGGGUACAACUUUCUGGUGGGAGGAGAUGGUUCGGUGUACCAUGGUCGUGGCUGGAACAUAGAGGGGGCUCAUACAAAAGGUUACAACAAAUAUAGUAUCGGUAUAGCAUUUAUUGGUACAUUCAACACCACUCCGCCUCCAAAACAGCAAGUUGAAGCCUGCGAGAAACUUCUCAAGCUGGGAGUUGAAUUGGGUAAACUCGCCAAAGACUACAAACUGUUUGCCCACAGGCAAUUCAUGUCAACUCUCAGUCCAGGUGAUACAGUUUAUGAUAUCAUCAAGGAAUGGCCACAUUUUGUCAACAAUUUGACAGACACCCAGUCAUUGAUACCCAAUUAUUAAUGACAGAAUGAGUUUAUGUUCGACAAUAAAAAUUAUUUCAGAAAUUCUUUUGGUGCUGUUUAUAUAGGGAACAAUUUUUUAUAUAUUCUACUUACUGUAUUAUAUAAAGUAAAAAUGGCGAAAAAUAACGCAUGUCUCUGCGUGAACGCUGUGAUUAUACAAAAAUAAAUACUUAUGUUGUAAAAAUUAUGUAUAUAUAUAUAAAUGUAUUAUUGAAUUUUUAUUGAUAUCAGAUAUUAUUAUAUUUAUUUAAUAAAGACAUUAAAUAAAUUGUAUUAAAUCAUAUUGUAUUAAAGAGAACAUUAGUAUUAUAAACAUGUAUAGGUACUUAAAACAUUAAUUUUUGAUAUUUUUUAAUAUCAUCGAUUGAAUGAGUAAUUAUAUUUUUAUAUAUUAAAACUCUACUUGCGUUAGGACUUACAUGUUUAAAGUCAAUAAUGAAUAAAGCACAAACAGUCUACGCAUGCCCGUUGUGAUUGUGACAGUUCUUGUUGCCAUGAGAAAUGUAUCAAACUUUUAGUGUCUGAUCGAUAUACAUGAAAAUCUGAAUUGAACAAAUAACCAUAAGAUAUUUGAUUUAAAUAAACAUAAAUAAAAGAAUAUAAUGACAA